GAGAGAGAGAGAGAGAGAGAGAGAGAUCUCAAGAAAUCGAAAGGCAGAAGAAGAAGAAGAAUUCUUUGUUUGGGAUUUCAGAAAUGGCUUCAAGACCAGUUGUUCCACAACAAAUCAGAGGUGAGGCGGUGGUAGGCGGAGGGAAGCAGGCGAAGGGCGGGGCAGCGAACCGCCGAGCAUUGGGCGAUAUCGGAAACCUGGUAACUGUUCGAGGAAUUGAUGCAAAGGUGAAUCGCCCAAUUACAAGGAGCUUCUGUGCUCAGUUGCUUGCCAAUGCCCAAGCGGCUGCAAAAGCAGAAAACAACAAGAAGCAAGUGCCUGUGACUGUAGAUGGGGCCGCUCCCAUACUUGAUGCUGGUGUUGCAGCAGCUAACAAGAAAGUAGCUCUACCCAAGCAAGCACAGAAGAAGGCAGUAGUUGUUAAACCGAAACCCGAAGUAAUCGAGAUAAGCCCAGAUAGCGUGAAGGAGGAUCGGGGCAAGGAAGAAAAAUGUGGAAACAAGAAAAAGGACGGAGAAGGAGCCUCAAAGAAAAAUACUCAGACUCUCACUUCAGUCCUAACUGCUAGAAGCAAGGCUGCUUGUGGCAUAGCCAAGAAACCAAAAGAGCAGAUUCUUGAUAUUGAUGCUGCAGAUGUUGGUAAUGAGUUGGCUGCAGCUGAAUAUGUUGAGGACAUUUACAAGUUCUAUAAGGAAGUUGAGAAUGAGAAUAGGCCUCAUGAUUAUAUGGAUUCACAACCUGAUAUAAAUAGUUCAAUGAGGGCUAUUUUGGUUGAUUGGUUGGUUGAUGUGCACAACAAGUUCGAGCUUUCACCUGAGACUUUCUACCUCACUAUUAACAUAAUCGACCGAUUCCUUGCGGCAAAGCUCGUUGCAAGGGGGGAAUUGCAGUUGGUGGGUAUUGGUGCCAUGCUCAUCGCCUCCAAAUACGAAGAAAUCUGGGCGCCAGAGGUAAAUGACUUUGUGUGCCUUUCGGAUAGAGCUUACACUCAUAAACAGAUCCUAGUGAUGGAGAAAAAGAUACUUGGCAAGUUGGAAUGGACCUUUACUGUCCCUACACCAUACGUUUUUCUGGCUCGAUUCAUCAAGGCGUCGAAAGACUCCGAUCAUGAGAUGGAAAAUCUGGUGUAUUUUCUGGCCGAACUUGGCAUAAUGCAUUACAACACCGGAAUAACGUACUGCCCGUCCAUGAUUGCCGCCUCGGCAGUCUACGCCGCCCGGUGCACGCUGAAGAAAACCCCGGCUUGGGAUGGAACCCUCAAACUACACACUGGUUUCUCAGAGCCUCAGAUAAUUGAUUGUGCCAAGCUUUUGGUGGGCUACCAUGGAGUAGCAGGCAAGAGCAAGCUUCAAGUUAUAUAUCGAAAGUACUCGAGCUCCGAGCGGGGAGCGGUGGCGUUGCUUCAACCAGCAAAAGAUCUGUUGGCUGUUAAUGGUUCUUCUUUCCAGUGAAGCAUUUGCUCGAUGAACACUGAAUGACUGGAUUAAAUUUGUUGAUGAUUUUUUAGGGUUGGGGGUUGGCUUUUUGUUCCCUGAAAAGCAGGUUAGAAUAGGAUAAUCAUAUUUUGUUGUAAUCAACAAUUAAAAUACAAAUGCAUUGCUUUUUUUUUUUCAA